UCCUUGUUUAGUAGUGAAGGAAAGAAAAUGACAAUUUAAAGCUUAAACGGCAUUUGAACUGUGACAGAAAUAUGGCUUCAAAUGUUGAAUUCUCCAUUCAGAGAGGCUGUGAUUUCAUCCACGAUUUCGCCUGUUCUCCUUGUGAAGAAGAUGGACUGAACACGGAAGCUCAACAUUUCUGUUCACAGUGCACGAAACAUUACUGUAACAACUGUGUUACAAAACAUAAUGGCUUAUACAAGAGACACACGGUACUCGACCGGAAGGACGUUAAGAAAUGGGCGGCGACACCAGGGACGGUGGACGUCCUUGCGGGAUGCGAGAGGCACCCCGGGGAGUCGCUGAAACUGGUCUGUGGUGACCAUGACCAGCUGUGUUGUCAUUUGUGCGCUGCCGUGGAUCAUAGACAAUGUUCAUCAAUACAGCAUAUUGCAGACGUUGCUAAGGGCGUUCACAAAGAUCCCGAGUUUCGUCAACUACCUCAACGGUUAGCUGAACUUAGGAAGCGUCUAGAAGAUAUGAAAAACGACAGAAGGAAAAAUGGAGCCUCUUUGAGGAAAACUCGAACAGCCAUUGUUGAUGAAAUCAAAGCAAUCCGUAAAACGAUAAACGAAGUUCUUGACAAGAUGGAGAAAACAACAGUACAAGAAUUAGACCGUCUUGUAGCUGAUCAGGAACUGUCCAUCAAGAAAGAUAUGGAAUACUGCACACAGAUGCACGACGAAUUAAAGAGCAUUAUGGAUGACAUACAAAGCAGAGGCUCAUCAGGCGAACCACCCCUAUAUAUUGGGUUCAGGAAAUGUGAAGAAAAAAUAAAACAAGCAAGUAAAAUUCUACAAAACAUGUCAAUUGUUGUAAAAUACAAAAUAACGUUUCGUAAAGAAAAUGGAAUAGAAGAUAAUUUGUCCUCGAUGAAGACAUUUGGAGAGUUAAAGGAAUCGAAUGUUUUUGGUAAACAACCACUGAUAGUACUAUUCCCCCGAGACCAUGUAUUCGCUACCCAAGGUUACAAGGAGUACAGUGUGAAGAUGAGUUUAGACAAAAACAAAUGUAGUAUUGCAGGGCUCUGUGAACUGCCUGGUGGAGAGAUUAUUAUUUCAGACCGGAAGAACUGUAAAGUGAAACUUCUGGACCAGGAGUACAGGAUUUUGGACCACUGUGAUGUCCCCGAGCAACCAUUUGACGUUUGCAACAUUGGCCUGAAUGGGGUUGCCGUUUGUGUUAACAAAGAUGAUGACAGAGGUGAGCUUCAUUUCAUUAACAUUACAAAAGGGAAACUUGUGACCGCGAGAAAGUUAUGUUUCACCCAUAGAUGUUACAGCGUAGCUCACCACGGGAACAACCUGUACAUUUCAUCAGACACCGCGUUGUACGUCUACACGAUGAAGGGGCAGCUGAAAAAGAAGCUGUACGAGGAUAAUUCCGGUGAUGACACGGUGCAGAGAAUUGCCAUCAGUAAGGACGGGGAGACUAUCUACAUCACAAACUUCUCAAACCAUCAUCUUAUCACCCUGGACAACCUCGGCAACAAGCUGGCCACAUUCACUGAUUCUGACUUGAGGGAACCUUACGGAGUACACGUGACAACUGCUGGGCACGUGUUCGUCUGCUGCUAUGACUCCGAUACAGUGCUGCAGAUUGACAAGGACGGGAAGAAGAAGUUGGCCAUCCUGGCCAGGAAACAAGACGGAGUGUUCGGACCAAGAGCUUUGUACUUCAGCAGCCGUACUUCCUCCCUGAGUGUUUGCGGAUUGAAUGACAAGCUCCUCGUCAUCAAUAGGAAAACGAGGCUGGAUAUAAAUUGUAUAUGUACUUCCUUGUUCAGAAAUGAAGGAAAGAACAGAAAGAACAGGAAAGAAAAGGACCUUUCUAAGUGUAAAUGUCAUUUGAACUGUGACAGAAAUAUGGCAUCAGAUUUUGAAUCAUCCAUUCAGGGAGGUGGUGAUUUCAUCCAUGAUUUUGCCUGUUCUCCUUGCGAAGAAGAUGGACUGAACACGGAAGCUCAACAUUUCUGUAAUCAGUGCAAGAUCCAUUACUGCAAUACUUGCGUUGUGAAGCAUAAUGGCUUAUACAAAAGACACACGGUACUCGACCGGAUGGACGUUAAGAAAUGGGCGGCGGCACCAGGGACGGUGGACGUCCUUGAGGGAUGCGAGAGGCACCCAGAGGAGUCGCUGAAGCCGGUCUGUGGUGACCAUGACCAGCUGUGUUGUCAUUUGUGCGUUGCCUUGGAUCAUAGACAAUGUUCAUCAAUACAGCAUAUUCAAGACGUUGCAAAGGGCAUCCACAAAGACCCCGAGUUUCAUCAACUACCUCAACGGGUAACUGAACUAAGAAGGCAUCUAAAAGAUAUGAAAGACGACAGAUGUAAAAAUAGAGCCUUUUUGAGGAAAAUUCGAACAGCCAUAGUUAAUGAAAUAAAAGCAAUCCGUAAAAAGAUCAACGGAAUUCUUGACAAAAUGGAGAAAACAACAGUACAAGAACUAGACCGUCUAGUAGCUGAUCAGGAAUUGUACAUUAAGGAAGAUAUGGAAUCCUGCACACAGAUGCACGACGAAUUAAAGACCAUUUUGGAUGACAUUCAAAGAAAAGACUCACCAAGCGAACCAUCCUUAUAUAUCGGGUUCAGGAAAUGUGAAGAAAAAGUAAAACAAGCAAAUGCAAAUCUGCAAAACAUGUCAAAUGUUGUACAAUACGAUAUGACGUUUUGUAAAAAUAAAGGAAUAGAAGAUAAUUUGUCCCCGAUGAAGACAUUUGGGGAAUUAAUUGGAUCGAAUGUUCUUGUCAAACAGGUACUUAGAUCACUAAUCCCCCGAGAUCAUGUAUUUGCUACCCAAAAUUACAAGAAGUACAACGUGAAGAUGAGUUCAGACAAAAACAAAUGUAAUAUUGAAGGGUUAUGUGAACUGCCAGGUGGAGAGAUUGUUAUUUCAGACUACUGGAACUGUAAAUUGAAACUCCUGGACAAGGAGUACAGGGUUGUCGACAACUGUGAUGUCCCCGAGCAUCCAUGGAACGUAUGCAACAUUGGCGGGAAUGAGGUUGCCGUUUGUGUUAACAAAUAUGAUGAUAGACGUGAACUUCAUUUCAUUAAUAUUACAAAAGGGAAACUUGUGACUACGAAAAAGUUAAGUUUCAUCCAUGAAUGUUUCGCCGCAGCUCAUCACGGGAACAGCCUGUACAUUUCAUCCUACACCGCGCUGUAUGUCUACACGAUGAAGGGGACGUUGGUAAAAAAGCUGUACGAGGACAACUCCGGUGAUGACACGGUGAUGAGAAUUGCAAUCAGUAACGACGGUAAGACUAUCUACAUAACAAACUACUCAAACAAUCAACUUAUUACCCUGGACAACGUCGGCAACAAGCUGACCACAUUCACUGAUCCUGACUUGAGGCAACCUUACGGAAUACACGUGAUACCUGCUGGACACGUGUUUGUCUCCUGCUAUGACACCGACACUGUGCUGCAGGUUGACAAAGACGGGAGGACGAAGCUGGCCACCUUGGCCAGGAGACAUAACGGAGUUUACGGACCGAAAUCAUUGUUUUAUAGCGACCGUACCUCCUCUUUGGUUGUCGGAGGAGAGAAAGACACGCUCUUCGUCAUCAAGUUACAAUAAAUAACAACAAUAGAUCCACCUCUUAAGCGAUCAAAAAUAACGUUUUCCGACAUCGAAACGUAAGAAAUGUAAAGUGGGGCUCAUUAGUUUUUAUUUAAAAAUCUUCGAAGUGUGUGUGCCCUGUUACAAGCAACAACCAUACUAUAAAGCAAUCUCAUUUCUGCAAAUGGAAGAGACUCGUUUACACUGGAUAUGGAGAUACAUUGAAACAAAUAAUUUUCAUGUGAAAUGUGAUAAAUAUGCAAGUUUGACCGAUUUCAAAAGUUCAAGAAAGCCCUACAUAUCUAAUAUGAAUUUAUAUAUUUACAUAUUACUUAGCCAAUAAAGGGUUUAUGAAAUAAUAAAUUUUAAUGAAUCAUUUUUCAAAACAUUUACGUUUCAACAUUGCUUGUGUCAAUAGUAUUCAUACUUAUAAACUUGUUCACAUUACGGAGCUGAAAAUAUUAUUAUGGUUAUGUUUGCUAUUUAAAUUAUUUAGACAUGCAUGUCAUUUCAACCAAAUGUGUUUUAUUACGUUUCAUCGUUUGAUUAUAAGUAAUAUUUACUGCA